AUGGGGGGGAUUGAGGUGUUGAGUCACGGUUGUGUUACACAAGAAUUAUCCCUGAAAGAAAGUCAUAUCAAUACCCCUAGGCAAAACAUAUCUACCCCAGAAUCGCCAAAUCGUACCUUGCGGAGCAGCCGGCUCUCAGCGACUCGACAAUCAACUUUAAUACAGACCUCGGUGCGCGAGUUGGGAACUACUGGUGCUACAGAGGCGUGUUCAUACCGUGCGUAUCUUCGGCGCAUUCGUGGAUCACCAGCAUAUUGGUUUCUUUAUGAUCAGAUGCACAUUUUUGCUGGAUUUCCAUAUGAUCCACCCACCUAUAAUCCUGUGAACCCAGUCUCCAUCUUGGAAGUAGCAUCCGAUGGGUCAACCAAGCUUUUCAACUAUGAAAUCCUUGAUGAUUUGAAAAUGCAUCUCAAGAAUCCGUUUCUGCAUAAUGGAUAUGCUAGUAUGCCUAAUCAGGGAAGAAGAGUGGUCUUGCCCUCCUGGCGGGGGGUUGACUACAGAUAUAUAUUUAAUUCAAGGAAGGAGAUGCGGCAUUUAAUAGGUCCCUGGGUAUCAAUAGACACAACGCCAUGCUCUGAUUUCAACGCUAUUCGCGCUUUCGAAAACUCCUCAUAUUUAAUAACUCAUAUAUUAAGGCUCACUCUUGUCAUGUGGCGACAUUUAUUAGUCAGAAUCGAACAUUCGUUUCUUGGGGCAAUGGAGGGUAGAAUAACCUCAGACGAAGUCCAUGAUCUAACCGGGGGAAGCUUAAGUUCUCGAAGAAAGUUGGAAGAUUCUCAUUUAGCGUUUAUUUUCGUACCUUUAUCAUGUGUGGCAUUCUUUCUAGGAAUGAACGGAAUAUCACUCGAAAACAACUUCACGGCCGAGACCAAACGUGUCUUUUGGGUCUUUUGGGUCCUCUCUAUUCCUCUCGUUCUCAUUACUGUCUUCCUUGCAGUUCCUUAUCGUCUCCUUUCCUCACUAAAGCGAGCUAUAUAUCUCUUACAAAGACUUGCCGGGAUCGGCUGGAUAUACGAAAAGGAAGAAAUCGAAAAGUAUUACCCAGAAGGAGGGGGUUCAUAG